AUGCAAAAGGAUAAAGAUUCAAAUAACAUAUAUUUAAACGAAUUUUUUCCAAAUAAUGAUAAAGAAGAAAAUAAAUAUAUAACUAAUAAUAAAAAAUGGAAUAAAGAAAAAAACACGAAAUCCAACAAAAGUUUAUUAAAUAAAGCUCAGUACUAUACAGAAAUUAUAGAUUACAAUAAUGGAAUAUUUGAUGGAAAACAUUUUCAUUUUGAAAAAAAAUUAAUAAGAAAAAAAGAUUAUGAUGCUUUUCUAGAAAAAAGGAGGAGAAUUAGAGAUAUAUCUUUAAAAAAAAUAAAAUUUAAAAGUUACAGAUUUGGAAGUGCCAUAUUUUUACUUUUCUUCUUGUUGGGAAUAGGUUUACCCAUAUUACAAGGAUUUGAGCUAUUAGAAAAAGCAGGAGAAGCGAUUAAAGAUUUAUCAAUUAUAAGUAAUGUGUGGUCAGCUGUAGAAACAUGUUUAGGUCAGGCAAAAUAUCAUUUUUUUUUAAUAGCAUUUAGCACAAUUAUCAUUAUAUUAGUUGUUAUGCUUGUAAUAGUAAUUCCUAAAAUUUUAAGAAAUAAUGAAAAAUAUAACAGAAUUAAGGCGAUGUAUGAGUAA